AUGGCCAUUAGCACAUUUCUUCUUCCCGUUUUGCCCUCGCGCCGUUUCUUCCCUGGGCGUGUCUCCCUCCGCCACGCCUUCUUCGACCUCGUUUUGCCCUCGCGUCGCGCCCACCCCGCUCGGAGCUCGUCGUCGGGCUCCAGGAGCUCUACGGCGUCCGCCACGUCCUCCACGCUCAUCGACGCCUGGGGGGAGCGCUUCGUGGCGCUGGACCGGGGCAGCCUCCGCCACCCGCAGUGGCAGGAGGUCGCCGAGGUCGUCUCCUCUCGCGACAGCUACUCCAAGGCGCCCAAAUCCGACGUCCAGUGCAAGAACCGCAUCGACACGCUCAAGAAGAAGUACAAGGUCGAGAAGGCCAAGCACGACUCCGACUGGCGCUACUUCGACCGCCUCGACGACCUGCUCGCUCCCGUGCUGCUCAAGCCCAAUUCUUCUUCUUCCUCGGCUGCUGCUGCUACGGCGGCGGCGGCAGCCCGGAGCGCCGGGCCCAUGGUCCCUCCGCGCAUCAACUUCCCGCAGCGCACCCGCACGCCCCUCCACUCCUCCGCGGGGGCAAAGUGGAGGAUGCCGUCGCCGUUGCCCCAGCCGUCGGCGUCGUCCGACUCCUCCGACGGGUUCCCGCCGUCCGCGGUGGCGAACGGCAAGAGGCAGCGCGUGGAGGAGCCCGCCGCCGCCGCCGCGGACAACGGCGCGGAGAGCAGCGUCAGCCGCGCGCAGGGUCUGCGCGAGCUGGCGCAAGCGAUCCGGCGGCUAGGGGAGGUGUACGAGCGCGUGGAGAGCGCCAAGAGGGAUCAGGAGCUCCGGAUGGAGCGGGAGCGCCUGGACUCCGCCCGGCAGCUGGAGGAGCAGCGCGUGCAGUUCCACUAGCAUGCCCCGCAGCAGUCGCAUUACCAGAACAGCACAAGCCCCACCGGGGGCGAUGACAACGGCAGCGACUCGGACAAGGAAGCUCAGGAGGAUGCGGAAGACGAAGAGGAAGAGAGCCAGUGA